AUGAUAGUAGCUGUUUCUUUAGCAGCUCAAACAGAACUUAAAGUCAGAGAUCCAAGCAGAAUAGUGGCUAUAGUUCCUUAAGUAAAGGUUGAUAUUUUCUAGAGAAUGAUCAACUGGUAUCAAAACAUCUGGUUCUUCAUGAUGAGAUCAAUCUAUGACCUCUAUUGCUUUUAAAUUGGCUGGACCUAUGUCAUCCUUUUCAACGACGGAGGAGCUAACUUCUACAAAUGCUACUAUUCAGUCCCCUAUAGAAUUGACUGGCUUACACUAUUCAUUGCCUCAUUAAUAGUAGGCAUUUUAGAUCAAGUGAUUGGAUAACCUGAUUUAUAAAGAAUAACUGGGAUGGAUGUAGGAAAUUAGAAAAUUCAUUAGAGUGAAAGAAUUUCCAUUAACGUUAGAAUCCAAACAUUCAUAGAGAGAUUGACCACCAUCAUUGAAUAGGAAGACAUUGAGAAUUCCUUUAUUGAAGCAGUAGGAGACUGUCAUAAAUCCAAUCAGUAAAUCUUAGGUAUUCGUAAGCCAUCCAUAAAAAUUGAACUUCUUGUAAAACAACUUGAAUUCCUUAUUAUUUGCUACCUAAAUACUUGCUUAUGUUUAAACUAAGAGAGUUGA